UAGUCCCCACGGCGGAGAGUGACGGUUGGCGCGGUCAUGUCGGCGAGGUGAAAAACGGCUGAUCCUUCCCCCCCCCAAAAAAAACCACAACUGCCGGUCGGUGAUGUCUCCUCGGAGAUGAGGGUGCUUCAGUAAACGCACAUUUCCAUGUCAAUAUGACAACAGCUUCCACGUCUAAGCCGUAUACAUCCGAAAGUCCAUGCAGUGUUUCAGCAGAGAAGCUUGGCCAGAUAAGGCCAAAGACACCUCUGCUGAACAUCCUGCAUGAAGCAGGUGCAUCAGGAGAACACUUCACAUUGAAGGAGAUAAUGCAUUAUCUUGGUCAGUAUAUAAUGUUAAAGCAACUCUAUGACCAACAGCAACAGCACAUUGUACAUUGUGGAAACGAUGCUCUCGGUAAAGUAUUUGGAGUCCAGAGCUUCUCUGUUAAAGAUCCAAGCCACUUGUAUGGAAUGCUUUCGAGGAACUUGAGAACUGCCAAUUUUCAAGAUGCUGCACAGACUGGCACACUUGUAAAGGAUACGAAAUGCCUGCCUAUGAGGGAAGAUCGUCUGAAGUGCCCUGCAUUAGGGGAACUUAGUGAAGAAGAAAUAACUGCCUGGAACCUCCCAACUUCAGCUACCUCACAUUUAAAACGAAAGAACUCUGAAUCAGAUGAGUCUGUGACGGAUGAUCAAUCCGAAUGUCAAGCCAAAGAUAGUAUUUCUGGUCUUUGGGAUGCCGCUGCGCUGCCAUGGUGGUUUAUUACAAGUUUGCGUUCAAACUAUGGGAGUCGAAAGAGUGGAUCAACUGAUAUCUGCAGCAACCAGGAUAUAGACACUGCCAUUGUUUCUGACUCGACUGAUGAUCUGUGGUUUCUAAAUGAACCUGCCAGUGAUGAAGUAAAUGUGGAAAUCAAAUUUGAGACAGUAGAAACAAAAGAAAAAGAUCCUCGUGAGAACCAGAAAGGAGAGGAGGAAAAAAAUACAGAAUGCAAGGAGGCCUAUUCUUCCCUUCAGGUUACAAUCUAUGAAGCUGAUGAUGACCUGCCGUGCUCAGGGGAUGCUACCGACACAGAAAUCUCAGACGUGUUUGAGAACUCUGAUGGUUUAAAGGACUCCUGGAAAUGUACCAACUGUGGAAAAUGUAAUCCUUCUCAGAAGCAAUAUUGUCUGCAGUGCUGGGCACUUCGUAAAGGCUGGUACCUCAAUCCCAAGUUUGUACAUUCAACAUCCGACCCGUUAAUUACUGGCUUUGAGGCUACAGAGGAGGCUGAAGGCAUUGAUGUUCCUGACUGCAGAAAGUCUGUUUCUGAGCCUCUGAUUCAGACUGAACAACUCCAAUGUAAUGAGAAAGGAAAACAUAUCCAACAUGGCUCUUCAGAAUCCUUAGAUAGACUUUCGCAGCCAUCCACAUCAAGUAUCAACUUCAGCAAUAAAGAGGAACUUCGGUCUGAGGGUGGAGGAUCAAAAACUCAGUGUGAAGACUCCUCACAUUUUCGGAGGAACUGCUUGGGACCCUGUCUUGUCUGUGGUGUACGCCCCAGGACUGGGAACAUUAUCCAUGGAAAGACGGGACAUCUCGUAGCAUGCUAUGCAUGUGCUAAAAUGUUACAUAAGCGUAAACUGCCUUGUCCUGUGUGUGUGCAGCCAAUUAAUACAGUUAUAAGAACUUUUAUAGGAUAGCUAGAUGCCAUGUUGUCAAGUGAAAUGAAAAAUUAUCUUGUUUAUGGUGUUCCAUUUGAGCUUUUCCAAUUGCCUUUGCAACAUUAGGUAAUGGGUAAAGAACAGACUACCAGAGAAGAGGCAGGAGUAUCAGGAGAAAUGGUGUUCUUACACUGUUUCCACUGUGACACAAACUAAUGUUAGUUUGGUUAAUACUGUAUAAUACUGAACUAAUUAGAUAAAUUACUUGUUCACAAUAAGUGCCGUACACCCUAAUGUAGCCAGUAUGUUUGUGAUAAAUUUGUCAGCAGCGGUAUUUUUGAGUGUUGGAAUGCUCUAGAUUCUAUUCAGUAUAACAUUGGGUUUUAUCAUAAUAUUUAUUUUGGUUUUUCAACAAUUUUAUGUACUACUUUGAAUAGCAAUGGUACUGAAUUUAUUAUCUAUUAUAAUUGUCUAAGUCAUUAUAUUUAUCAAUGAAACUAUUGAAGCUGACCAGUGUACUUUUAAAAUUGGGCUAUAUUCUGCAAUUGUCCUCAUUGCAAGUUGGAUCAAAAACAGCUCGCUGUGUCUCAGCCUCCAAGUUGCAGAGUUCUGGUUUCAAAUACUUUUGAGCUGCAAAUGAUCUGAAACAUUCUGUGGUUGUGAUGUGUAAUUCCACAGUUUUUUUUUCCGCUAACAUCUUCUGCUGUAGUCACGAGAGAUGCAAUUAUCUGCAGUCAUCUUGAUUGCCAGUUGGUGCCAGCUAGAAUUUGAAAUGCUAUGCUGUUUUUUGACAUAUAAAUAACACUAAUCUAGUAACCAUUUUAUUUUGCAAUUGAUUCUACACUUAUGUCGGAAUUGGUGCCCAGGCAUUUGAGGAAUGAAGAAAUUGCCCAUAACCCAUUGCUUUUAAUGUAAUAUUUCUAUCUGUUUAUCUUUUUCUCUCUUGAUUCCACUAUUCCAAGCAACAGUGAUGGGUGCUGUGCAUAGUCCCAUUAAUUUUGGCUGCAAAUGCUUUUUUUAAAUCUAUGCAACUCUAGUUUGGAAAGUCAGAAUUUAAAGUUUUUGUGCUAUUUUUGAGAUAUAUACUUCACGUGGAAUCUGGUGAUUAUGACUUAUUGUAACAGUGUUAAAGCUAAUAUUUCUUCUGACCUCACAACAUAUAUAUUGGGUGUGUAAACUGGCAUUUUAGUUCAAGUUCUGGAGUAGAAUGGUUUGAGAAAAUUGAACUAUUGUUCUUGUACAGUGGCAAGUACUGUACCAUGUUUCCACGUGAAGUCUCUGGCAAAUAUUGUUUCGUUUUCAAGUUGAUUGAGCACUUUGGUUUGGUGUUAAAUAUCCUUUUUAUAUUUUUGACAAUUUUUGUGUUUUCGAUUGAGGUAGCUACUAUUUUGUGUCAUCUGAGUGUCUUGUGUGAGAAUUUAUACUAAGCUGCAACUAAUGUGCAAUAAUUCAGU